AUGACCGCCACAGUGGAGUCGACAGCGUCAUCUAUCGGACCGUUACCAAAACUACCAAAAGUUUGCACCACCAAAAAAGGGUGGAAGGAGCUACAAGAAUCAGUCGACGUGGACGGCAACGAAGUCGUGAUCGUUAACUCUAUCGCCGGCCAGAACCAGACCUACUACAGCUACGAGUGUGUCUCUCCCUGUACCGCAUGCAAAGGUGUGAUAGGCUCGUCGAUGUGCAAGAUGCGGUACACGUACGUCAAGAUGUUGUAUCACCUCAAGGACGAGUCUUCUACUGAGACCAAGUGGGACUUUGUUGAGGUGCCGUCACACUGCGCCUGUGAGCUCAUUACAGAGUAUGCGAUUGACGAAUGUCUGGACUAAGCAGCCACCACAACUCGUAGAAGUAAAUUGAUUGCUGGUUGGCAAGAGAAUCUCACCAGCCAAUCAGUUGCUGAGGACGCCAGUUGGAUGUUACUCACUACAUUUAGGAGUAGGAAGGAAGGAAGGCAGGCAGGAGCAUCCCUCACCACCUACAGUACUAAUGAAG